AUCGCAAGUAGGCCAAGUAGGCUUAUUAAAAUUCAACAAACUGUUUGACUGGCAGAACUCUUAUCAUAGCCGACAAAAUUUCGUCUCAUAUAGACACAAAAAUGCAAAGGAACUGUCUUUUACUGCGCCCCCUCCUCUGGAGAGCUGGAGAACUUGGAGCAUUUUGUACUCCUGCCCGUCUACUUCGUAACUCCGCUGCUCUGAAGUAUGCCGCUGACGGUGGAAAGACAAAGCCAGGAAAGCUACCUCCGAAGAUGGCCAAGUUGCGAAAACAGUUUCAGGCGGACAACGAUUUACCAAUUUUUCUCAAAGGCGGCAGUACGGACAACAUAUUGUACAGAUUAACCUGGGUGCUGUGUUUUCUAGGAUUGGCUGGUGAUAUUUGGUUGUGGCUUGGCUUCAUCAUCGCCUAAAUUUAUGAACACUAAAGAAAAGUGUACACUUGUUUUCAUCAAAAACCUGAUUUUAACUAGUUGAGCACUAUUUUUCUCUAAAAGCAAAUCUAUAAUCGUUUCUGUACAUAAGUGGUUUAAAUACGGCAAAUCAAUAAAAUAUUGUUAACUGGUGUUUAAAAAA